GGGCGCAGGAAGCUGGGCGGACUGGGUCCCGCACCCAGGAAAACCCCGAGUGGCGUCGCCGGGCCGGUCCAGGCCACCCCGCAGUCCCCACUUCCCGCUUGGGCGCUGGCUCGGCGAAUGGACCCUGAGCGCGCAGGUGCCUAAGGGUCUCCCAAUGGGGUGGCUUGGCUCCGGGCUCACGCUCCCUGUGAGCUGCCUGAUCCUGGUGUGGGCAGCAGGCGCAGGGAGUGUUAAGGUCCUGCACCCACCCACCUGCUUCUCCGACUACAUGAGCACCUCCACCUGUGAGUGGACGAUGGAUGGCCCCACCAACUGCAGCGCUGACCUCCGCCUGUCCUACCUGCUGGAUUUUCCAAACUCUGAAAACCAAACGUGUAUCCCUGAGAACAGAGAAAGCGCAGUGUGUGUGUGCGAUAUGCUGAUGGAAGACGUGGUCUAUGUGGACAUCUAUCUGCUGGACCUGUGGGCUGGGACGCGGCUGCUGUGGAAUGACACCUUCACACCCAGCAAGCGUGUGAAACCCAGGGCCCCGGAAAACCUCACGCGUCAUGCCAACGCCUUCCACAUGUGGAAGCUGACCUGGAGCACCCCGUACCCUCCUGACAAUUUCCUGUUCUCCGCACUCUCCUACCAGGUCAACAUUUCCAACGAGAACGACCCCGAGGAUUUCAUAGUCUAUGAUGUGACCCACCAGAACACCACUCUCCUCUUCCAAGCCAGUUCCCUGAGACGUGGGGCUUUCUACAGCGCACGGGUGAGGGCCCAGGCUCGGAGGUAUGACAGCCUCUGGAGUGAGUGGGGCCCCAGUGUCACGUGGCAGAACGACUACGAGUGGCCCUGGGAGCAGCACCUUCCGAUGGCCAUCAGCAUCUCCUGUGUUGUCAUCCUGGUCAUCAUCCUGUCCUGUUACUUCAGCAUCCUCAGGAUUAAGAAACAGUGGUGGGACCAAAUUCCCAACCCUGCCCACAGCCGCCUCAUGACCAUUGUCAUCCAGGAGUCUCAGGUGUCACUCUGGAGGAAGCCGCCCCGAGGUCAGGACCCAGCCAAGUGCCCACACUGGAAGACUUGCCUUACGAAGCUCCUGCCCUGCUUCCUGGAGCAUGGCACAGAAAAGGAUGACGACUCCUCCAAGGUGGCCAGACAUGGGCCUCUCCAGGGUCCCGGAAAGCCAGCAUGGCACCCUGUGGAGGUCAGCAAGACGAUUCUCUGGCCAGAGAGUACCAGCGUGGUCAAGUGCGUGGACCUGUUUGAGGCCCCAGUGGAGAGUGAGGAGGAAGAGGAAGUAGAGGAAGAUACAGGGAGCUUCUGCCCAUCACCUGAGGGCAGCGGGGCCAGCCCCCAGGACGGCAGGGAGGGCAUUGCGGCCCGGCUGACGGAGAGCCUGUUCCUGGACCUUCUUGGCGGGGAGAAUGGGGCAUUUUGCCCACAGGGCUUCGGGGAGUCCUGCCUCCUUCCACCUUCAGAAAGUGUCGGUGCUCAGAUGCCCUGGGCCGAGUUCCCAAGGGCAGGGCCCCAGGAGGCAUCGUUCCAGGGCGAGGAGCAGCCUUUGAACCCAGAGCCAAACCCUCUGUCCACACCGAGGCAGAGCCUACUCUGCCUGCCUUUCACCGAGAUGCCUACUGUUGUUGCAGACAAUCCCGCUUACCGCAGCUUCAGCAACUUCCUGAGCCAGUCGUCAGGUCCUGGAGAGCUUGACUCAGACCCAGGGCGGGCCGGACGCCUGGGGGAAGGGGACCCCGCUCUCCCCUCUGCCCCCCAGCCCUCUGAGCCACCCACUGCCCUCCAGCCUGAGCCAGAAACCUGGGAGCAUGUCCUUCGCCGGAGUGUCCUCCAGCACAGGGCGGCCCCCACCCCCGCCCCCGCCCCCACCAGUGGCUACCGGGAAUUUGCAUGCGCCGUGAAGCAGGGCAGCACCCAGGCUGGGGGAGCGGCGGGCUUCAGGCCUUCCGGAGAAGCUGGGUACAAGGCCUUCUCUGGCAUGCUUGUCAGUGGUGCCAUCUGCCCGGGAUUUGAGGCCAGCAGUGGCGAGGGAGGCUAUAAGCCCUUCCAGAGCCUUGCUCCUGGCUGCCCUGAGGCUCCGGCCCCCACGCGCGCCCCCCUGUUCACCUUCGAACUGGACAUGGAGGUCCCUCAUAGCCCUCAGAACUCACCCCUCCCAAGCCUCUCCCCAGAGGGCCUCAUGCUGGAGCCAGUGGCAAAGGGAGAGGACAGCCAGAAGCCCUGGCUCCCUCCAGAGGAAGCCACAGACCCCCUCCGGGAUGACCUGGGCAGUGGCAUUGUCUACUCAGCUCUCACCUGCCACCUGUGCGGCCAGCUGAAGCAGUGUCACGGCCCGGAGGAGCGUGGCAAGGCCCAUGUUGUGGCCACCCCCUGCUGUGGCUGCUGCUGCGAAGACAGGUCCCCAAUCCUCGUGAGCCCCCUGGGGGCCCCAGACCCCUUGCCAGGUGGGGUUCCACUGGAGGCCAGCCUCCUGAAAGCCUCCCUGGCACCCUUGGGUGUCUCAGAGGAGGGCAAGCCUUCCCUGUUUCCCCAGCCUGCUCAGAGCUCAAGCCAAACCCCCAAAGCGGUGGCCACGCUCUCUGCAGGGCCCACGUGCGUGAGUGCUUCCUAGGUAUGUGCCCUCUUGUCGUUGAGGUCUACAGGUGAGGACUGGGCCUUCCCAUGCCUGCCAGACACCUCCUCCUUGAAGGCAGCCAGGCUCUCAGAUUUCCGAAAAACUCAGAGAAUCCUGGUAUGAAGUGGGAAGUUGUCUGACACUGGAAGUUGUCAGACACCCCCACCCCCCCGCCAUCCCGUUCCCAACACUGACAGCUCAGCACAUCCUGUGGGAGUGGAGGGUGCCUGGCAGCUGUGUCCACAGCAGACGGCCCCAGGAAUUAGGAGGAUCCUGCACAUCUCGGCUUGUGAACGAACGAGCCAUUGGCCACUGCAUAGCUGCUCCGGCAUACUGUCCACCUAGUCUGCUGCCCAUGUCUUGCCCAGUCCUGGGAUUAGCUGCUGCUGUAUUACCGGAUUGGACGCUGAGCCUAGAAACUGACCGAGCCAAUGGGCAUGCCCUGGGAGGCCUUGGAAACUGAUGGGAAAUCGAGGUCCUGGGAGUGUGGUCGUUUGCCCAGAGGUGCCCAUUCAUUCAACAGAGCUUCAUGAGGUUGAUGCUGGAGGCAAGGUCUGGGCUGUGGAGGGGUGUGACGGUGAUAGAGAAGCACAUGAAAAAUGGUGGUUACCAAGCAGCGACAGUUUGCUGUCAGGUUCCUACACAACUGUAAGACUGGGGGCUCCUGUUAAGCGUGGGUCCCCCACCCCAGAAUAAACAUGCCCAGCUACCUUGGGGGCCGGUCUGUGCCCUCACAGACCCCGUUGCUGGCAGCCACAGAGACCAGAGGGAGGAGGGUUCUUGCCUGAGAUCCAGCUGAGCUGGGCAUUCCAGCAAUUACCCUGGACGUUGGCCCAGAUCUCAGGUUGAGUAACACUUGUUUGCGUGCAUGUCAAAGAUUGUUUAAAACCUGGUGUUUCUGUUUGAGGAGUGUGGAAUGGGAGGAGGUGGAGUUUUAUAUAAACAAAAGUUCUUUAUCUUCUUUUUUCACAUAUUAAACACUGCCAAGCAUCA